UUGGGACGUAAGCGACCAGUCAGAGGAGGACUGGACGGAGAAGCAGCUACGGGCAUAGCUUCUGGUCUCAGGCGCUCCCCACCCUCUCAGCCGCUCUGGUUUCUUUGACGAGUCCUGAUCUGCCCACCUACAAUGCAGUGCGCCCGGGCGCGCCAAAAACCAGAUCUGCCAUCGCGCCUCCCUGCCCCUCAGACGAAAAGGAAACGGAAAAGCUAAGCAAAGCUGUUCAAACAAGCGAAGCUCUAUUGCGUCGAUCUGGCCGACACCACCUAGGAAGGAAGGAAGGAAGGAAGGAAGGACUAAUAUCGAUCUCAAUUGCAGAUUAUCUUCGCCUGCCAUCGCUUUCUUCUUCUUCUGCUGCUGCAGCUGCUGCCGCUGCUUCUCUCAGUUGGUUGCCUUUCGACGUUCUUCCGUUGGAUCUGAGUCAUUUGGGAGCUCGGGAUCCAGCCUUGGUGUUUCUUUUGAAUGAGAUUUUGCGGGGGUUGGGGGCUUGAUGGAGAGAGGGCCUUCCCAAGCAGGAAGGUCUAAAGGUGGCGUUGGUGUGUCGAGGGAGAUUGCUGACUCGAUCGCGAGGGCAGUCGAUCUCCCCAAGGGCGAUUCGGCGUCGUAUGCAGGAGAUCACAGCCUCGCUUCCAUUCUCAACAAUCCCCACGUUGGCAAAUCCGGCGUCUAUGGCUCCGACGCCUCGUGGGCCAGCUGGUUCUCUUCCGGCUCUGCAAAUCCCACUGAAUUGCCUCCCAUCGUCCUUAACAAGACGUUCCCAGAGAUCGCUAGAUCGGAUUUCAGCCCCUAUCUGGCGUCGAUUUCUGAGCCGUACGGGAGAUUCGAGGAUAUUCAACAUCACACGAACAGGGAAUUGCUCAAUUCGCAGCGGGACGCGGCGGGCUUGGACGGCAGCGCCAGUGUCGGAGAUAGUGAUGUGGUGGUGAGAGGGCAAGGUGAAUCCCUCGUCGCCUGCCUCCGGGAGGUUCCUUCUCUGUUCUUUAAGGAGGAUUUCGCAUUGGAAGACGGGGGCACGUUCCGGGCCGCUUGCCCCUUCUCGUCGAUCUCGGAGACCGGCGUGCUGCAGGAGAAGCUGUCGCAUUACUUGGACAUUGUGGAGCUGCAUUUGGUGAAGGAAAUUUCCCUGCGCUCAGACUCCUUUUUUGAAGCGCAAGUGCAACUGCAGGAUUUGAAUAGCAGGAUUGUUGAGUCCUGCGGCCGCCUACAGGAGCUGAAGUCGACGAUCAGACUUCUAGACAAUGACUUAGUGGGUUCUGCGAAGAACGUCCAAGAGUUGAAUAAGAAAAGAAGCAACUUGUUGGCCCUUCAACAGAAACUGCGGUUGAUAUUAUACGUAAAUCAAGCUCUUUCUGCACUGAAACUGCUUCUGGCAUCAGCAGAUUGUGCAGGUGCUUUAGAUGUCACAGAUGACUUGCAACAUUUGCUGGAUAGUGAUGAGCUGACUGGUCUGCACUGCUUCCGGCAUCUACGUGAUCAUUUGGCAAUGUCGCUGGAUUCUAUCAAUAGCAUUCUUGCAGCGGACUUCGUAAGGUCAGCCAUACACAAUGGCAAAGACAUGGAUGUAGGCAAACCACAAGAAAAAGGUGCUCGUCCAGCUGCUGUGGGGAGGGAGGAGGAUCUUAUGUUAGAUGAAGAAGAAAGUUCUGGUUUUCGUGAACGGCUUCUUCCCAUCAUUAUUGGUUUGUUGAGAACUGCAAAACUUCCUGCUGUAUUAAGAAUGUAUCGUGAAACUCUCAUUGGCAACAUGAAAACUGCUAUUAAAACAACAGUUGCAUCAUUACUUCCAGUUUUGGCUGCUCGUCCUAUGGAUUCUGAUUUACAGGCUGGAGAAAGACCAGUGGAUUCUGAUGGUGGUGGAUUAUCCCUUGCAAAUAAGCUAAGGAGCCUUUCGCCUGAUAAUUUUGUUAUGCUGCUGACUGCUAUCUUCAAUAUUGUACAGGCACAUUUGGUGAUGGCAGCUGAAGUUAAAAAGGUUAUUGAGUGGAUCAUGGGUGGUCUAGAUGGUUCAUAUGCUGCGGAUUCUGUUGCUGCUGCAGUUGCACUGGGAGCUGCCACAGCUGCUGCUGCAGAAGCUGCUCAAGAAAAUUAUCAAACAGAUCCACAUGUGCCAUAUUCCAUCCAAAGAAGCACAACCAAGGUCGAUCUGCUUCCGGGAAGGCCCAACGAGGCUUCAAGUGCAUCUAAUGUUUCGAAGAAUUUCAGGGCUGACGUACUAAGGGAAAAUACUGAAGCUAUUUUUGCAGCUUGUGAUGCUGCACAUGGUAGAUGGGCUAAGCUGCUUGGUGUUCGAGCACAGCUUCACCCUAGGCUACGGUUGCAAGAGUUUUUGAGCAUCCAUAACAUAACUCAGGACUUUAUAUCAGCUACAGAGAAAAUUGGUGGAAGGCUCGGUUACAGUAUUCGUGGUACAUUACAGUCACAAUCCAAAGCUUUUGUUGACUUUCAACAUGUCGCCCGUAUGGAAAAAGUUACAGCUGUUCUUGAUCAAGAAACAUGGGUCUCAGUCGAUGUUCCUGAGGAAUUUCAGACCAUCAGCAAUUCUUUUUCUUCUUCUGGGGAAAUAGGGCGAGAUGACCCCACUUGUGAUGAUGCAUCAGGGCCUGCAGUGACAACCUCAACAAAGGUUUACAUUUCCAAUGAACAGCAAUCUAAAAAUGUGAAGCAAGAUGUUACAUUGGCAAAGUCAGUUAAUGGCCAGGAUAAAGCACUAGAAAUUUCAAAUAUAUCACACCAUUCCGAUGAUCGAAGUACAAAAGAACAUGGAAAAACAGCAUCUCAGAUGCUUUUUUAUGGUGGUGUUGGCUAUCACAUGGUAAACUGUGGCUUAAUUUUGCUAAAAAUGCUCUCUGAAUAUAUAGACAUAAGUAAGUCUUUGCCUGCACUUUCUUCCGAGGUAGUUCACCGCAUUGUGGAGAUUUUGAAGCAUUUCAAUACUCGUACGUGUCAGCUUGUUCUUGGAGCUCGUGCCAUGCAGGUCUCAGGCUUGAAAUCAAUAACUGCAAAACAUUUAGCUUUGGCAAGCCAAGUCAUCAGCUUUUUCUAUGCUCUCAUGCCAGAAAUGAGGUGCAUCCUUUUUACUAAAGUACCAGAAUCCCGAAAAGCCUUGUUAUCAUCAGAGCUUGACAGAGUAGCACAAGACUAUAAAGUGCAUCGAGAUGAAAUCCAUGCAAAACUUGUUCAGAUAAUGAAAGAAAGAUUAUUGGUGCAUCUACGAGCACUGCCUCAGAUUGCAGAGAACUGGAAUAAGACGGAAGAUACUGAUCCUCAACCCAGUCAGUUUGCACGUGCACUCACUAAGGAAGUUGGUGUGCUUCAACGUGUGUUAUCACGAACUCUUCUUGAGGAGGAUGUUAUAGAGAUAUUCAGGCAAGUGACGGAAAUUUUCCAUUUACAACUGACAGAAGCAUUUUCCAAGUUAGAUCUUAAUACACCACAGGCAAAGAACAGACUUUUCCGAGACAUCCAGCAUAUUCUUGCAUGUAUUCAUGCACUUCCUGCACCUAAGCUAAGUGGUGAAAGCAUACCAAAACCAGGGAAGCUUGAUGAUUUUUUGGCUCAAAGAUUUCAGAGCGAAGCUGGUCAAUGAAGUCAAUUGUAGAUUAACAAGUUGGAAAGUUCUUUACCAAAUUUUUCUAUCCUGAGGGACCAUCAUUGCAGGAGACUCAGUCAACCAUGAAGCUAAAGACAUGCUGCUGUCUCCUAAAAAAUUUUUGAGGUGCUGGUCAACUCCUGGAAGAUGAUUGAUGGUACCGCUGCCUUCAUGGUCAUAAAUAAGCACAAGCAUCGAUGAAAUUCUAUAACUUGGACUAGUCGAGUCUUGCAAUUGCCCCCUUCUCAGGAUGGCUUCCUUACACCCCCUCCCCCCCCCCCCUCCCCCCCCCCCCAACCUACCUUUCAUUCUUUGGACUGCCUUCCUAGGAAUUUGCUCUCAAUUUUCCCCACUGUACCAUGUUUUGUUUCUUCUUUGCCUUUGUAAUUCCUUCCAGCCAUAUACUCGAACCUCUUGUUUUUUCCCACGAGUAACUAUAACAAAAUUAAGUUGUAAUUCUGAGACCUUUGUAAGAAAAUGAUGCCAUUACCAUGCUUGUAAUAAUUAUUAUUGUAAUUAAGUUGAAGAAGAGUGGAUUUCAUUUCCA